CGGCGCUCGACGCUCACCCGCUCACAUUCGGCUCGGUCUUCGAAUAAUGAAGCGACUAAUUGUAUCCAUCGCCUCGUCGUCGCGCAUCGUCGUCGUGCCAGUGUGAGUGUGGAGCGCUUAAAACACCGCGGCGUGCGCGCAUAUCGCCGGACGAGUGUCAUACCGCAAUAUAGAUUACCGGACGUUUCGCGCCGUAAUUGCUCCCGAUUGUCGGCACUUGGCAAGCGGCUGGGUGAGCGAGUGGUGGUAGUUUAAUUGUGCGCAAUCCGUCGACUGAUGUUGCCUCCACAGAGAUGUCCACGGUCUCUGAGAGUGAAACGUUCAGCGCCACCGACCCCAAUCAAUCGCUAAUUGCCGAACGCUUCGCCAGCAUUCAAACUUCUGCCAACAACUGCGACUCGGAUCGCGAGAGCGAAGGAAGCACGUCGCAUUUUUCCGGACGCACCUUAUCCUGGCACGAGCAUGUGUACCGCAAGUUGAACACGAGACCUACCCCACACUACAUAGAGAACAUUCUCGGCCUGAGUGAUAAUUUGUGUGAGCUGGACGACGUUUGCGAUAUUGAGCGCAACGGCAGCAUGACUGUAGUGAGCGAUUUCGGCGAUGACAGUUUAAAACUUGAGUUAAACGAACCGCUUAAUCUAUCAAUCAAAUGUAACAACCGAGUGAGGACAAAAACAGACAAAGAAUCGACAAGAAAGACAAGAAAAAGACCGCGCGAAUCAAUAGACACAAAAACAUCAUCAGUUCUGACGGCGGCGGCAACAGCAACGACGGUCACCGCUACGGCGACCGUCCUACCUGUGGAUGCGGCGACAGAGGACGCCGACGCCAAAUCGAAAAAGAAAAAAGCACGGACAACGUUUACCGGCAGGCAAAUCUUCGAGCUGGAAAAACAAUUUGAAAUGAAAAAGUACCUGAGCAGCAGCGAGCGUUCCGAAAUGGCAAAGUUAUUGAACGUCACCGAAACACAGGUGAAGAUAUGGUUUCAAAAUAGGCGGACCAAGUGGAAAAAGAUUGAUAAUCUGACAAACGCCGACGUAUCAGACGCCAAAAGUCAGACACCUCCUAAGGAAGGUUCGAAGUCCGGCGACGAAUCUUCGACGAAAUCGGCAAAGAUUGGCUUUAGCAAACAGCAGCAACACCAUCUUCAACACAGUUCGCAAAGCUCAAAUUCCAGCUUGGAAAGUGACUCCAAGUGCUCCACGGAUAUGUCGGUCGGCGGUAAAACCUUUACGAAUGCCAUCCAACAGAAUAAGCGACCAUCGACGAACAGCCAAGAUCAAACACAGUUUCAAGAUCAAUUAGACACGACUAAUGACGUCCUUUUUAACUUAUCGUUCUCGGCCAAAGAUAAAUCUUAAGAAAAUGUUCACUUUCAUUGUUUCAAUUUUUAUUUGCUAUUGUAUUGCGUUUCAAUAACAACAAAACAUUUUUUAUAAUUUGAUUUGUCAUCUAUUUGCUGCAUUUACCAACUUCCAACCAGAUGUGUAGUCUGUGUGAGUGCUUGAAACCGAUAUGAAAUCAGGGGCAGUCACUUGCUAAUUGUAGUCGAAGCUUCCUCGUUUUGCUCGCGUUUACGGGCAAAGGAUAAUGUAUAAUGCAGUGGUCAUCAACUAGAUUGCAGCCAAAAGCAGCGGUGCAAGCGAGUUGGACGAACAACACGAUAGGGGAGGACGGAUAACGCAAUAAUGAGCGCUUCGCUGAACGUGCAGAGGCCUGCGACGGUAUGGCGAUUAUCGAUUUUAAAUGACACUCAAUCAUUCAAUAGAAAUUUGCCCACGUUAUUGAAAACAGAUUAAAAUUGGAACAGCCUCAAACGCAUUGUGCCCCUCUUCUUGCUAGCAGCGCAAAUCAACAAGGAUUGCCCAUAGGUACAGGAUUUAAUAUAAAUAGGAAUAUGAUCAACCAACACACAUUUAAUUACAACCAAUGUAACACUACGUUUAAAAUUAUUAACGAAUUACUUGAUAUUUAUUAAUUGUGCAAUUUUAGAUGAGAUAUUCCUUUUAAAUGUUAGUAGAGAAUCACAUGCAAUUCAUUAUUACAAAAACGCUGAAACCCGUCAAUUUGUUAAUUAAUGUAGGUAAUUUUAGUCAGUGCCGAUUAAGAAUUUUAUUAUUUCAAAAUUUUAAGAAUAGUUUAGUAAUUUAUAUUUAUGCGUCGAUUUGUUAAUGAAAACUGGUGAAAACUACAAAUUUACCAAAUAAAUUGAUGAACAUGUGAUUCAUAUAGAUAGUAACACGCAAAAUUUUAAAUGAACUGAAUAUGUAUACGAACAAUAACAUUAUUUUCAUUAACAAUUCGGUAAAAAUACGGUUUAAAUACAGGGUGUUAAGAAUGAUUAAUAUUAAAUGUCCAAGCAAAAUUAAUUAUUAUAGAAUUUUAUUACCUACGUACAUAAUUAUGUUUUACUAUAUGAAAUAAAAGCUUUGUCUAUAGUUUUUUUGUGUAAAUCUAAGCUCAUGUUGUAAAUAUUAAUUAAAAAUCUGUAAUUUCUUUGAGUCGUCAAAAGUUAGACUGAAUUGUGAAUAAGAAUUGAAGAAUAUCUAUAAACAUAUUUUAGUUCUUAUUACUAAAUUCAUAUUAUCUCUGGAAUUUUCACAACUUGCUAGUUUUUCUAGAGAUGAUAUGAACAAGUAAAUAGACAAGUGUUAUGCAAUGAAACUGUAAAUACUAAUUGUAAGCAAAUCUAAGACAAGAUAUAAAACAAAAAGUCAUAGUAAAAUUUUAUAAAUAAAAUGGCAAAAAUCGAAAUUUACAGCUGCAUGAAUUUAGAGUAAUUCUAACUGCACUGUACAGAAAUAUUUUCAAUACAAAAAUGUUACAUUAAUGACAAAUAUUGGGAAAAAUGAAUAAGUACAAUUUCGUAAAAUGCACAAAAGUCUACAUAAAAGAGUCGUUUGAUAUUUAAAGUAGAUAAAUAUUUUUCAUAAGAUUCGCAUAAUAUCUGGAUUAAUCUUAUAGUUUAUAAAUUGCUCGUUUAAGAGUAGCUAGUCGUAUUUUAUAAAUCUGAGUAUAAUAAAUUUGUACCACCAUUAAUUAAUGUAAUCCAUGCGAUACAAUAAACAGGAAAGUCCA